AGGUUGAAACUUUACAGGCUCUAUUUUCAUUCUUGCAUACUUAUUUUUAUAGAUCGAUAAGAAAGCAACCUCCGGAAGUAAAGUUUGAGCUUUUCCCCGGGGACUCGAAUUUCAUUUUUCCGAUUUGCCUCCGCCAAGCUGAAUCCAAGAGAGACAAUGGGAGCUUUCGCAUCUAGAUUUUGGUUCAUGAUGUUCCCUGCAAAAGAGUACAAGAUUGUCGUUGUCGGUUUGGACAACGCCGGUAAAACGACGACGCUUUAUAAGCUUCACUUGGGUGAAGUUGUCACUACUCAUCCUACCGUCGGAAGUAAUGUCGAAGAGCUCGUUUACAAGAACAUCCGCUUCGAGGUGUGGGAUCUUGGUGGGCAAGAUAGGCUGAGAACAUCGUGGGCAACGUACUAUAGAGGAACCAACGCUGCAAUCGUGGUUAUAGAUAGCACUGACAGGGCCAGAAUCUCUCUCAUGAAAGAUGAGCUGUUCAGAUUACUGGGGCAUGAGGAUCUUCAGAACUCGGUGAUACUCGUGUUUGCAAACAAACAGGACCUGAAAGACGCUAUGAGCCCAGCUGAAAUCACGGAUGCGCUUAACCUUCAUAGUAUCAAGAACCAUGAUUGGCACAUUCAAGCAAGCUGUGCAGUUACUGGUGAGGGAUUGCAUGAUGGGCUUGGUUGGAUUGCUCAGAAAGUUACUGAUAAAACUCCAAAGUAAAAAAGAGGAAAUGUUAGAAAAUGAAUCAUAUAACCUUUCCAUUUUCUGUACUUCAAUAAUUAUUGUUUUUACUACAAUGUAUCUAUUCCACUCAUCAUAUUAUGAGAGUUAUCUAUUUGGUUUACUCUGA